UUGCUGUUUCUCCCCCUUUCUCGCCCAGGAGAGAAGCCCCACCGCUGCCAGCUGUGUCCGUUUGCGUCCGCAUACGAGCGCCACUUGGAGGCCCACGUGCGCUCCCACACGGGGGAGAAGCCGUACAAGUGCGACCUGUGCGCCUUCAGGUGCAGCGACCGCAGCAACCUCUCUCACCACCGCCGCCGCCGCCACAAGCUGCUGCCCGCCCGGCCCGUCCGCUCUCCCUUCGCCAAUAAGAGAAUCCUGGGCGCCCUGCAGAAGAGGACGGGCGCGCUGGGCUUCGGCCGCCGCCUCCUCAUCAAUUUCAACCCUCCGGCCGUGGCGGUGCCGAAGUCUGAUUGCGCGAAUGACUCGUCCCAAAAGAUCCACCCUCUGAACAUCAAUGGGUAUAGGGGCCCCCCCCGAGCUCGGGAGUCGGUAAAGGACGAGAAACCGAUCCUCAUCCAGCGCGUCUCCACUGAGCUGGUGGCCGUGUGUUCCAACGGAGUCCAGACGUCGCCUCCCAAAGAGGAGUCGCCCUGCUCGGGCCAGGGGGGCUGCAGCCCCGUCCCCGGCUUCGCCCUGGAGAGCACCGGGAACGCUUUAAACGGCGGUGCUGGCCGCAGCCGGCCGGGCACGCCCGCGCUCCCCCUGACCGCGCCGGACCGGCGGCAGCUGCACAAGUGCCAGCACUGUGACAUUUCCUUCUCCGAUAAUAUACUGUACACUAUUCACAUGGGCUGCCAUGGCUACGAACAGCCACUGCAGUGCAACAUCUGCGGACACAUGUGCAACGACAAAUAUGAUUUUGCGUGCCAUUUCGCACGUGGCCAACAUAAAACGUGA